AUGCCAGCAACGGUUGAGGUGGAAGAAAAGAAGGUAUCUGAUCAGGCUGGUGAGGAGAAUGAAUUGAUGUUGGAUGGUGGAUUUGUGGUGCCUCCAACAAACGCAUUUGGACACACUUUCAGGGCCCUUCUGGAUUAUGAUGUUAACAGUGACCGGAGCGAUGGUGUUGAGGAAUUCUAUCGAAUCAACUACAUUAACCAAAGUGUUGACUUUGUAAGCAAACAGCGGCAGAUUAGAUUUUCUUCAAUUUGGAGAAGUUUAUUUGAGAGAGAUAAAGUGAAGGGAGAGGGAGAGAAACAUCAAAUGCGGCUGUUUAAUUCGAACCUGGGAUUCUUAGUUCCCCAACUAACGUAUUUGGUUAUAACAGUGGAAACUGAGAGAAGGUCAGAGUUAUGUGGUAAUAUCAUUCCCUCCAGUGAAGGAAGAUGUAACCUUUACGAGGAAUUCCAACAUGUGCAAGGAUCCCAUCGUGCGAUAGUUGGUAGGAAAGCGUUGAGAUGGGUAGUUUAA